GGUCAAAAGAUAAAAAUUGGAAGGCGCAAUUUUUUGAUAAUUUUAAAAAUAUUAUAGGUCUCGAAAGAUACGUAUUCAAUAUUCAUUCAGUUUCGUGUUAACCUGGUGUUAACACUUAUGAUAUCAGUUAAACUGUAGACUACUUUUAAGGUUUAUUUUAUGUUUAUUUAGUGUUAAGCACCAAAAAUGCCUGACAUUGAAAAGCUUUUGAAGCAAGCUGCUAUGCAAAUAGGUGCAGGUGGAAGUGCUGGAUUUGUGGAAGUUAGCAUUAUGCAUCCCUUGGAUCUAGUUAAAACGAGACUUCAAUUACAAUCAAAAAGAACGACGCAGCGGUCAGAUCCUCAUUAUUACAAUGGAAUUGUAGAUUGUAUGAAAAAAAUGUACCUUCAUGAAGGAGCAUUCUCAUUUUGGAAGGGAAUAUUACCACCGAUUCUUGCAGAAACUCCUAAGCGGGCCGUGAAGUUUCUCACAUUUGAACAGUACAAGAAGCUCUUUAUGUUUGGUUCUGAUAUACCAACUCCACUAACAUUUGCCUUAGCUGGUCUUGGAGCUGGAAUAACUGAAGGUAUACUUGUGAAUCCCUUCGAAGUGGUCAAAGUGACACUCCAGUCCAACAAACAAUUAGCCACAGAAGUGCCCAGUACAUGGACAGUAACUCGGCAGAUUGUUCGAGAGAGUGGAAUGGGUUCGAGAGGUCUUAAUAAGGGUCUGACAGCAACAAUAGCCAGGAAUGGAAUUUUUAAUAUGGUGUACUUUGGAUUUUACCAUAGCGUCAAAGGGAUACUGCCUGAGUAUGAGGACCCACUGCUCGAAUUUGGGCGUAAAGUCGCGAUCGGUUUUACAUCGGGCGUUCUGGGCUCGUGCGUCAAUAUACCGUUUGACGUCGCCAAGAGUCGAAUCCAGGGUCCGCAGCCUCUACCCGGCGUGAUCAAGUACUCGUCCACCACUGGGGCUCUUGUAUUGGUGUACAAGGAGGAAGGUUUUCGAGCUCUGUACAAAGGAUUACUGCCAAAAGUGCUUCGUUUGGGUCCUGGGGGAGCUAUUAUGUUAGUGGUGUACGAUUAUGUAUACCAUUUCUUAGAGGAAAAAUUUGAAAAGAAGCCCAAAAGUUUCUAAAAUAUAUUGGUAAUAUUACCUGCGAUAGUUAUUUAACUAUAAGAUAGCUUAGUUAAAUUAAGACUGUGGCGAUAAAUAAUUUUGUUAAAUAAAUAUUCAUAGUUUAAUUGAAAUUUUAUAAAUAGAAAAGUUUUAUUAAGACGACUGUGAAAAGAUAUUUGCAAAAUGACUUUACUAUAACAUUAUAGCUAGAAAUAAUUAAUUCUAUAUCUAUUGUUACUUUUUGUACACCUUUCCUUUAUUUGUGUUAUUUUAUAGGUAAAUAUUAUUUAUGUAUGUCUGUUAUGUUAAAAAAAAUAGUGUUUUAUAGUAUAUAUAUAGUAAAACAUAGACAUCAUAAGUUAUUACAACGGCAACCGCAAAUCCCUAAACGAAAUGAAAAUUUGGAGAUGGAGAGAGAUUGACUUUUGGUAGACCCCAGAUAACUUUCAGGUUUUUUGUUUUUAUUCGGUGUCCUAACGCAUACUUCCUCCGACAGACUGCAAAUGAAAUCAAUAUAAUUGUCGUCCAAUACAAAUAACUUGCAAUCAUUUUUUCACGAAGGUUAUUCGUAAUAUUUAACUGCCUUGUUUGUAAAUAAAUAUCGUAAUGAAAAUAUACUUCAGUGUACAAAAGAUGAAAAUUUAUAAAGCUAAGUAGCUAUACAGGGCGUCCCACGGCUAUGCCACCUGGAGGGGAAGAACCUUAAAUCUGAUGCAUUUCGAUCGGUAUGAUAAAGCUACAAGGUUUUUUUCCGUGCAAGGUAUGGAACUUGUCGAACCUUUGAACCGGGGGUUCAAUCAAAAAUCUAUGAACGCAGCUUAGUGUUUUGUAAAAUGUUGCAUCUACAAUAUUUAAGUUACUUCGCCCCCAUGUGACAUAGCCGUGUACAUCCUGUAUAGCGAAAAUAGGUAACUAAUAUUAUGGAACAGGCCGAAA